CAAACCCGACUUUUUUCCCCCAAAUUCAACCAUCUUCUUUCUAUCCAUCUUUCUCUUUCAAUAAUACAAAAAAUAAAACCCUAGAAACCCCAAAUUCCCCAAUUCAUGAAAUAAAAUAAAUUCCAUUAUAAUAAUUAUUAUUACACAUACAAUAAUAUAUAUAAAUAUAUAGGGCCAAUUCUCACAAACACACACACACCGAUUAACAAUGGCGAAUUCAUCACAGAGAGAGCAAGCACUCUCUCUGUUAGCCGCUGCAAACAACCAUGGCGAUUUAGCCGUAAAGCUUUCUUCUUUAAAACAAGCCAAAGAUAUUUUAUUAAAUUCCCCUGAUCUUUCGCUCGAAUUAUUUCCUUUUUUUGUUGAAAUUCAAUCUUCUCAUGAACCUCUUGUUCGAAAAACCCUAAUUGAGGCUAUUGAGGAGAUAAGUCUAAGAAAAUUGGAGUAUUCAGCAGUACUUAUGCAAGUGUUGUUGACACUACUAAGUGACGAUGAUUCUGUAGUUGCUAAACAAUCCAUUGUUGCUGGCACACAUAUAUUUUGCAAAGUGUUAGACGAGUUAACACUGCAGUUUCAGAGGCAUGGUUUUGUUGAGAGAUGGCUUGAAGAUAUCUGGUCUUGGAUGAUUAAGUUUAAAGACGCUGUCUUGCAGAUUGCGUUGGAGGAUAAGUCUGUCGGUCCAAGGUUGCUUGCUUUGAAGUUUUUGGAAACUUGUGUGUUGCUCUUCACGUCGGACAAUGAUUCUAGAGGUUAUACCAAUGAAGUGAAUAGAAGUGUACAGGUGUUCAAUAUAUCAUGGCUGGCUGGUGGUCAUCCUGUUUUGGAUUCAGUUGCACUGCAGUCAGAAGCAAACAAAUACUUCAUGAUUUUACUCGAUUUGCUGAGAUUAGCUAGUAGUCUCCCGGGUUCCAUUACCAUUUCUGUUGUUAAUAGUCUUGCUACCAUUGGCCGAAGGAAGCAGAUCCAGUAUAGCUCUGUUCUUUCUGCUCUGCUUGAUUUCGAUGCUAAUUAUAUAGCAAAAGGAUCCCACAAUGCAAGCAUACAGUACUCUUUAAGAACUGCACUCUUAGGAUUUUUGAGGUCUACACACCCUGUAAUUAUGGAGUCAAGAGAGAAGCUGCUGAAGGUUUUGCGGGCAAUGAAUGCUGGGGAUGCAGCCGACCAGGUGUUGAGACAGGUUGAUAAAAUGAUAAGAAAUAGCGAGCGUGCUUAUCGGGAUGCUCGCGCUAACAAGGACGAGCAACCAUCAAGCCAUAUGAUUAUGUCAGGGGACUUACCUAGGAAACGAUCAGCCUCUACGGAUCAAGACCAUAUGGUUUUGUCUGAUUUAGCAUCAAAAAGGAGCCGCUAUGCCUCUAAUAAUGAUUCAGCACAUGAUCACCCAAUAAAUGGAGGGUCGACCAAGAUGCCGCCACCAGAUAAUGGUCUGACGCCUGUUGAACAAAUGAUUGCCAUGAUUGGUGCUUUACUUGCUGAAGGAGAAAGAGGAGCUGAAUCUCUUGAAAUCCUUGUAUCACAGAUACAUCCGGAUCUUCUAGCUGACAUUGUUGUGACAAAUAUGAAACAUUUGCCUAAAAGCCCUCCCUUAAUAUCGAAGCUUGGCAGCCUCCCUGGAUCCCGUUCUUCGCAGCUUGCACCAACUACACAGAAUGCUGUGCUUUCAGCAAAUGCAGUUGGCACACCGCUCCCCACUACUGCCACUUCUACUAGUCUCCAAGCAGAUACAAAACGUGAUUCACGAAGGGAUCCACGACGCCUUGACCCGCGACGUCUGUCUCUACCAAUUGAUACUCCAUCUGAGCAUAUUGAAGAUUUUGGUUUAGCAGAGCCUGAGGUUGACACAUCUUCCUUGUCUAAAAGACAAUCUCUGCCACCUGUAGUACCAAGUUCCUAUAAUGCACCAGAUAUUCUUGUGCCCAAAUCAGAAACCAUGUCGCUCAUCCCUGAACAUAUUACAAUUCCCCAAGUUCAGGUUCCGGAUGAACAAGUACACACUACACAAGGCAUGCAAGUUGGUACUGACAUGGAAAGUAAUAUUACUUCAGAUGCAGCAAUAUCUCCCAUUGGUCAUGCUAACACGGACUCAGAUGCACAAAUAUCAACAGAUAUUGUAAUGACGGAUGAUGACCACCCACUCUCGUUAGUGGAAUCCGACCAGCUUUCACCAAGCCCAGUGGACACACCCGUCUUGGAGGAAAUCUCUGUUGAUUUACCAGUGGUUCCAUCUUAUGUGGAAUUGACUGAAAAACAACAAAGAGAUAUAGAGAAAUUGGCAAUUAAAAGGAUUUUAGACUCUUAUACGCAAUUAAGAGGGACAGAGUUUUUGCAGACACGGAUGGCAUUGCUUUCUCGACUGGUUGCUCAGGUCAAUGCUGAUGAUGAUGUAAUUUCAAUGAUACAAAAGCAUAUUGUCUCAGACUACCAGAAUCAGAAGGGGCACGAACUCAUUAUGCAUGUGCUAUACCACCUGUAUAUUCUCAAGAUUCCAGAUUCACCUGAAGACUCUUCAGUGACUAUUGUAUAUGAAAACUUCCUUCUGGGAGUGGCGAAGUGUUUGCUGGAUGCUUUGCCAGCAAAUGAUAAGUCCUUCAGUCGACUUCUCACUGAAGCUCCUUCUUUGCCCGAAUCUGCAUUCAAGCUCCUUAAUGAUAUAUGCUGCUCAGAUAAUAAUUAUGGAAAAGAUCUUCGGGAUGGUGACCGUGUACAUCAAGGUCUUGGUUCUUUGUGGAGCUUAAUCUUGGGACGUCCUAACUAUCGUCAGGCUAUUUUGGAUAUUGCCUUGAAGUGUGCUGUUCAUCCAAAAGAUGACAUCCGUGCAAAAGCUAUCCGAUUGGUGGCAAACAAACUUUUUGUGAUCGAUUACAUCUCAGAGAAAAUUGAAAAUUUUGCUACAAAUAAAUUGCUCUCAGCUGUCAAUAGACCAGUAUCAGAUGCUGGACUGUCAAUGUCAGGUCUUGAUGAGCAAAGAACUGAAGGGCAGAUGGGAAGUCAAGAAACAUCAAUUAGUGGCUCUCAAAUUUCAGAGCCAGGGACUUCUGAGAAUGAUUUUGCAUUGGGAGGACAAUCUAAUUCUCAAAAUGAUUUGUCAAUGUCACCUGCUCAAGCUCAACAACACCUUUCUUUGUUUUUUGCUUUAUGUACCAAGAAGCCCAGUCUUCUUCAACUUGUAUUUGACAGAUAUGAUCAUGCCCCAAAGGUUGUUAAACAGGCUAUCCAUCGCCAUGUUCCUAUUCUUAUCCGGGCCUUAGGUCCCUCAUAUUCAGAUUUACUCAAAAUAAUCUCGGAUCCACCCCAAGGAAGUGAAAACCUACUAACACAGGUGCUGCAUGUUUUGUGUGAGGGCACGACACCUUCUGUUGAUCUGGUUGCCACUGUCAAGCGAUUAUAUGAAACUAAACUUAAGGAUGCUACAAUACUUAUACCGAUACUGUCUACCUUUACCAAGAAUGAGGUUUUGCCUAUUUUCCCCCGUCUUGUUCAGCUUCCAUUGGACAAGUUUCAGACGGCGUUGGCUCACAUUCUACAGGGGUCUGCUCAUAUGGGGCCUGCACUAACACCAGCAGAAGUACUAGUUGCAAUCCAUGAUAUAAACCCUGAGAGGGAUGGCGUUCCACUUAAAAAGAUAACGGAUGCUUGUUCAGCUUGUUUUGAGCAACGCACUGUUUUCACACAACAAGUUUUAGCAAAGGCAUUAAACCAAAUGGUUGAUCAAACACCUUUACCUCUUCUCUUCAUGAGGACAGUAAUCCAGGCGAUUGAUGCUUUCCCCAAGCUGGUCGACUUUGUGAUGGAGAUACUUUCCAAACUUGUUAGCAAACAGGUGUGGAGGAUGCCGAAAUUGUGGGUUGGAUUUUUAAAAUGCAUUUCACAAACGCAACCACAUUCUUUUCGUGUAUUAUUACAAUUGCCAUCACCACAACUUGAGGGUGCUUUGAACAAAUAUGGUAGUCUCCGGCACCCACUUGCUGCGUAUGCCAAUCAACCUGGUGUCAAAGCUUCAUUGCCUAGGCCUACUCUACAAGCCCUUGGUCUUGCAAGUGAACCACAAUUGGAGCAACAAAAUCAUGCUGCUGCUUUCAACAAUCCAGACACAAGUGCCAAAGUUCAAGGGACAUCAUGACAAUAAUAAACCAAGGACUACACAGUUUUCAGGCCUUAAACAACCUUUUUUCCGAGUACGCAAAGAGGCGUGGGACCCUUUAUUUUUCCCCGAGUAAAUAUAGUAGAAUUCAACAUUUGAGAUAUCAUGUUGUUUAUCGAGAGUUUGAAUCAAAGGGGAUCCUAGGUAGGGGUCGGCUCGUGUACACUGAGGUGUAUCAUUAAUUCAUUGUUAUCUUUUGUAAUUCCUUCUUCUAUAUAAUUCGGAGGUAGCCUUGUAGGAACUUCUAUAAAGUAGCACGUACUCAAGUACAUCUCAUAUGGAUACUGAACAAACAUCACAGUUUCCACCUUGAUGAUGCUUCAUUUAUGAAUGUUCCAAAAGUUACUGUAUAAUAGUUUGUUUUUGCAAGAUUAUCAGUUGGCAAUGAAAGCUAUACAUUUUUGAAUUUUUUA